AUGCUGCCAGGCGUCGGGGGCAGGAGAGCGGUGGCCGGCCUGCUAGGGCUGGGGAAUAGGGCCUCCGCCGCCCUUGGGUCCGGCGUGGGGUUGAGGGGGUACCACGAGAGGGUAGUGGACCAUUACAACAACCCGCGGAACGUGGGCUCCUUCGACAAGAAUGACCCGACGGUGGGGACGGGACUGGUGGGCGCCCCGGCCUGCGGGGAUGUGAUGAAGCUCCAGAUCAAGGUCGACGAGAACACCGGAAAGAUCGUCGACGCCUGCUUCAAGACCUUCGGUUGCGGUUCCGCCAUAGCCUCCUCCUCCGUAGGUAUGCACGAGUGGAUGCUACCCGCCUACCUCAAGGAGCCGCUGCCGUAUCAUCUUUCAGCUUUGCUGCUAGGGCCGUCGUACUUUUCCCCUCUAUCAUCGUCUGCCGGUCGCACCUUUCCGUCUUCUUAUUCUUUUACUCUUUGUUAGGGUUAGGUCUUGGGUGCCGUGAUGGAGGAUUAUUUUCUUUAUAUUUUGAUUUUCUGAUGGAUGCUGGUUCAAGCUCACCCUUAUCCCUCGGAGAUUGAUAUGUAGCUUUAGCUUUAUCUCGUAUCAGGGUCCCGUAGCAAUGUGUCUGCCCAUUUUUGGAUUUUUAUCUUUUGUGUUUGUGGUACCGUUAUUUCCAUCGAUUUAUUUGAUUAUAUGGUCGAGCGUAUAACAUACGAUUAAUUAUGUAUUAUAUUCUGCAGCUACCGAGUGGGUGAAAGGGAAGCAAAUGGAGGAGGUGCUAUCCAUUAAGAAUACGUGAGCCUCCUCUUCUCUUAUUUUUAUUAUUUACAUUUCUCCUCCGUAUCUUACUUUUGGAAUGAAUGUGCAUAGGAGAGCCAAAACUAUCGGUAACACAAACGUAGAUUCGAUUUUGUCACGAUUGAUAAAGAAUUGAAUACGCCCUAGGCCCUUUGAGAAAUUGAUAGCCUUCAGUCUCAUUAUCUAGUUGUAGAUGCUGUUGCUUGAGGAUUCUGUAUGAGCUGUGCCUUUGGUGUGGAGAAAAUGAUAAGCAACGAAUAGUUGAUACUUCGUUCAUUAUAGGAUUUUUUCCAUUUUAUUUCAAAAAUUUCACGAUAGAUUUUAAUGUGGUUUGUGCUAUUUAUUUUUUUGCUGUUAAUUUUAGAGAAUAACUGUGGGAGGGCCAAUCAGCUGGGACUUUUAAUGGAUCAAAUGUAAACUAUUGGAAGCUGGCAUCAUUGAGUAGUUAUCUUCACCCAAAUGGAUCAAGUCGUCUGAUUUAGAGGUUGUGUGAAUGGAAAAUAAUGGAGCACGGUUUUAUAGAGGCACAUGGGUUAUCGAAACCUCUCUGCAGCUGUAUGGUCAAGUGAUUCCGUGGAAGUUCUUCGCCGGUGAAAGCUUGUGUAUCUUUCUCAACAAAUAAAAUAAAAUCUCGGAGAAGCUUGAUUUUCUCAAGUUUUAGGCUGCAAAUUUCUGCUUGAUAUUAUUUACAAGUAAACCCAUGAUCAACCAGAACAGGGGGAUAGACCCACGUGAGUUCAUAGAUAUUUUGAUAUUUUCAGUUUGACUUGCAUCUAGGAGAUGUAACAUUUCCAGUUUUAGCGUUGGCAGUGAUUGAUUUAUUUACUGUCUAAUUGUUAAAAAUGCUUAGUUUAAAAAUUAAAAAAAGCUGUUUUUUGAUGUUGCAGCGACAUUGCAAAACAUCUUUCACUCCCUCCAGUGAAACUUCACUGCAGCAUGCUUGCAGAAGAUGCGAUUAAGGCUGCUAUAAAAGAUUACGAAAUGAAGAAAGCAAAACUGACAGGGAGCACUGGAGAUGCACCGGUUGGCCAAGUUGCUGAAGCAUCAUAA